AUGCGUAGGAACCGUUCACGCCGUCCAUCCGAAGCCGCCCUGCAAGUUUACGCCGAAAACGUCAACAAAUACGGCAAGAAAACUGCAAAGAAGAUUUCUGAGGGAAAACUGGCUAUUGAGAAUGGCAAGAAAUAUGACAUGUCACUCUGGAAAUCAAUCUACCUCACACUUUGGCCAAAAUGGUGGAUGGCUGUUGCUCUCAAUGGUGCUGGUGGUGCACUGAGGAUCUGUGCUCCAUUAAUCACAAGGCUUCUCAUUGAGCAACUCAUUCUUGCACAUGCCUACCACCUUGCCUCUGUUUCUGGUCAAUCCACUGCUGACCUUGAGAGGCCUAAAUCGCUUGGCUAUGGCAUUGGCUUAGCUUUCAUCAUGUUUCUCAUGCAGAUUGUCAGUGCUGGUUUCCUCUAUGUGGAAAUGCAAGCUGCACUUUCCAUGGGUUGUACUACAAGGGCGGCAAUGGUUGAUGUCAUCUCUCGUAAAUCAAUGCGCCUCUCCCCCAAAGCCAGACUGGAAAUGACCAAUGGUCGGAUCACUCAAAUGGUCACUGCAGAUGCCUCCUACCUUGACUGGGUACUUCCUGCCACUGUUGAUUUACCUGUUCAGCCUGUUAUCAUCCUUGUUGGUAUUGGGCUACUGAUUUAUACCCUUGGCUACUCUGCCCUAGUUGGACUUGGGGUACUGUUCAUUGCAGCACCAUCGCAAGGAUUCAUGUUUAAAAAGUUGCUCAGUUACCGCAAGUCUCAAGAGAAGCUUGUGGAUUCAAGAGUCAGACUUCUUACUGAGACAAUCAACAACAUCAGAGCUGUCAAGCUAUAUGCCUAUGAGAAGCUCUUUUUGGACAAAGUCUCUGCAAUUAGGAAGAGAGAACAUGCUAGGUUGAAGAAGUUUGGUUUUGUGAGAUCAGCUGUGUGGGCAACUUUUGACUUAGCUCCCGUUCUUGCUGCUGUUUUGACUUUCAUCACCUAUGGUGCAACAGGACAUUCACUCAAUCCCGCCAUCAUAUUUUCUGGGCUCCAGAUGUUUUCUGUUCUGAAGCAACCUAUAUCCCAACUGCCAAUGAUUUUAUCCUCAGUCAUGGAUGCCCUUGUGGCUCUUGGAAGGAUAAGCCAGCUUCUCAAGUCUGAGGAUCUUCCCCAUGACCUUCACAUUGACCCACAUGCAAAGUACUCAAUCGAAGUUGUGGGUGACUUUCAAUUUGAAACAAGUAAGGCUAAGAAGAGCAAAUGGCCAUUUAGCAGGAAUACUACUCCAGAGCCAGAUGAGAAGGAGGAAGAACAGGAGCAAAUUCCCUUCUCCUUGAUUGGCAUGGACCUCAAAGUCCCACAAGGUGCCCUUGUAUGUGUAGUAGGCCGGGUUGGAACUGGUAAAACAGCACUUCUUCUUUCCAUGCUGAAUGAGAUGAGGCAGAAGAGAGGUCAUGUCAAAUUUGGAGGUCCUGUUGGUUAUGUAGUACCUCAACACGCAUGGGUCCAAUCAGGUACAAUCAGAGACAACAUUACUUUUGCCAGCAAACCAGAAGAUGUCUGUCCUGACAGGGUCAAUAGUGUCAUUGAUGCCUGCUGUCUCCGACCUGAUGUGGAAAUGUGGGCUGAUGGCGAUCAAACCCAGAUUGGUGAGAAGGGCAUUACACUCUCUGGUGGACAAAGACAAAGAGUGUGCAUUGCCAGGGCAGCCUAUGAUACUGGAAGUAUUGUCCUAUUGGAUGAUCCUCUCUCAGCUGUGGAUGCUCAAGUUGGUCUGCACCUCCUGCACAACUGUAUCCUCAAUGGACCUCUAGCGGACAGAACAAGGAUUCUAGUGACACAUCACCUUGACGUUCUACCUCAUGCAGACCUCAUCCUUGUCAUGGACAGGGCUGAGAACAAUGUGGGUAGAGUCGUUCAGCAAGGGACAUACACUGAGCUCUGUGCAACACCAGGUAUAUUCAGAACCCUGAUAGAUGAGUUUGGUUCAGCAAAUCACAAGUCAGAGCAUCCCCAGACUGAAGACCAAGUCCAAGAUAAAGAUGACAGUCAAAACAAAGACAAGAGCAACAAUGAGCAAAAUGAUAGCAAUAAAGCCCCCGGUGGCACUGCAAAGUUCAUGUUGGAUGAGGAACGUCAGAUUGGUUCUGUUGGAUGGGCUGUCUACAGAGAUUACCUCAGAGCUACUGGCUCUUGGCUCUGGCCAGUACUGGCUGGCUUCCUUCUCCUUGGUGAGCAAGGAGCUUUAGUCUCCACAACCCUGGUUCUUGGUUUUUGGUCAGAGCAGAUAUUCACAGGCUGGACAGAAGGGGAUUAUAUGGCACUUUAUGCUGCUGUUGGAUGUUCUGUGGCCUUUUUCACUUGGUCAACUGGUUUCACUAUGAUUCUUGGUGGAAUCUCUGCAUCAUAUCACAUGUUCAAUCAGGCAUGGUACUCAGUUAUGAGGAGUCCCACUAGCUGGCAUGAUAGAACACCUGUGAGUACAGCUCUGUUUAUCAAUGAUGACUUGCUGAACACCAGACUGGCAGAAUCACCAGCCGCCUAUAUCCAGAUGCUUGAUGAUAGAAUGGCCCCUCUGUGGUACAAUUUUCUCAGUAGUGCUCUCUCUGUUGUGGGCACCUUUGCCCUCAUCAUUUAUACAUACCCUUACUUAGGUCUGGCAUUCAUCCCCCUCCUGUUUUUCUUUUAUCUCUGUGCCUCCUACUACCGCAAGACCUCCAGAGAGCUGAAGCGACUUGACUCUUUACUCAGAUCUCAUGUUUAUAGUGCUGUAGGAGAGCAGUUGGCUGGUCUGACAGUGAUACGAGCAUUUGGCCAGCAGACAAAUUUCCAGCACAGACUGCAGUCCUCAAUUGAUGGGCAGAAUAGAGCUUAUAUUCUCUCUAUCACUUUGCAAAGAUGGCUUGCUGUGCGCUUGGUGGUUUGCAGUCAGGGUCUUGUCCUGCUUAUUGCAAUCUUUGGGGUUGCCUUCAGGAACACAGUCAAUGCCUCAAAGUUUGGUGUUGUGCUCACUUACGCAGCCUCAACUGCCUCAAUCCUCAACAGUCUAGUGCCCCUUUUUGCAACAUGUGAAGGGGAAAUGUUUGCUCACCAGCAGAACAAUGUAGAAAGAGUUCAGCAUUACAUGAGGCUUGAGACAGAAGCAGAUCCAGUUCUACCAACUGACCCCUCCCCAGAAGAUCCCUGGCCCUCUAUGGGUAAAGUGGAAUUCAAGGAUGUCCAACUUCGCUACCGUCCAGAUCUUCCAUUAGUCCUCAAACACACAAACUUCAUCAUCAAAGCUGGAGAGAGGGUGGGAAUCAUUGGAAGGACAGGAGCUGGCAAGAGCAGUAUUGCCCAAGCCCUCUUCAGGACAGUUGAACUCUGUGGUGGGUUGAUUGAGAUUGAUGGAAAAGACUGUAAGCAAUUGGGGCUAGAGACUUUGCGCACAAGGCUUGCAAUCAUACCUCAAGAUGCUUUCCUCUUUGAAGGGACUGUCCGGCAAAACAUUGAUCCCAGUGUUGGUACUAAGACAGAUAAUGCCUUAAACCAAGUCCUGGACUUAAUCCACAGUAAUCCCCGGUGUUCUGCAAGCCUUUCAGAGAAAUUCCAAUUGGAUGUGCAGGUUCAAAAUGAGGGAGCAAACUUCAGUGCUGGAGAAAGGCAACUCUUGGCUUUGCUGAGGGCUCUUGUGAGAGGCUGUAAAAUCCUCUUGCUUGAUGAGGCAACUUCCUCCAUGGACCCAGAGACUGAUGCCUUGAUCCAGACAAUCAUUCAAACAGAAUUCUCUGAUAUCACGCUCAUCUCUAUUGCACAUAGGCUGCAGACAGUAGCAUACUAUGACAGGAUCCUUGUGAUGGAUGCUGGACAAGUAGCAGAGUAUGAUACACCAUUGGCCCUGUUUGAUGAGCCAGGCUCUGUAUUCAGAUCUCUGUGUGAGAAAAAGGUGCGUGACCACCAUCAUCUACUAUGGCUGACCUCCUAG